AUCAUCAUCAAAUGCAAUCAAAUAAAUUGAAUUGUUGUGUUUUUUUUAUAUAGUUAAAUAUAUAUAUUUUUAAUAAACAAAUAACAACAAUAGCCCAUUGUUAAAUAAAUACUUGAAAAUUAAUUUAGAAUAAAAAUGGAAAACACAGAAGUUGAUAAAACUAAUUGUAAAAUAAUUAAAGAAGGUCAAGCUGAAAUACUUGUAUUGGAAAAAAAUGUUUUUUACAAUCCUGUACAAGAAUUUAAUCGUGAUUUGAGUGUUGCAGUAUUGAAUUUAUUUGCAAAAGAAAAACACCAAGAAUUAACUGACAAAGAAAAUAAAAAAUCAUCAACAAUAGAAAAAGAUGAAAAAGAAAAUUUACAAGAACAACCUGAAUCUCAAAAUGGAAUAAGAAUACUUGAAGCAUUAUCAGCAACAGGUUUACGUAGCAUAAGAUACGCCAAGGAAGUACCACAUGUUAAACAAAUAAUAGCAAAUGAUAUAUCAGAAAAAGCUGUUGAAAGUAUUAAAAAAAAUAUAUUACAUAAUAAAGUUGAAAAUUUAAUAACACCAAGUCAUGAAGAUGCAACAAUGGUUAUGUAUGAAUCAAGAAAAAAUCGUUUUGAUGCUGUUGAUUUGGAUCCAUAUGGUUGUCCAUCAAUAUUUCUUGAUGGUGCUGUACAAUCAGUUAGCAAUGGUGGUUUACUAUUGGUAACAGCAACAGACAUGGCUGUUCUUGCUGGUAAUUCACCAGAGACAUGCUAUGUUAAAUAUGGAGCUGUAUCACUUAAAUCAAAAUGCUGUCAUGAAAUGGCAUUGAGAAUACUCUUACAACAUAUAUCAUCACACGCUGGACGUUAUGGUCGUUAUAUUGUUCCACAAUUAUCUAUAAGUGUUGAUUUUUAUAUUAGAGUAUUUGUUCGUGUUUAUAGUGGACAAAUUAAAUGUAAAAAUAAUACAAGUAAUUUAGGAAUGAUUUAUCAAUGUAAAGGAUGUGAAAGUAUGACAACUCAACCAUUGGGAAUAAAAAAAGGUAAUGCUUAUAGAUUACCAACUGGACCACCAGUUGAUCAAAUUUGUAAAUAUUGUAAAAAUCAUAAGCAUCAUAUUGGUGGACCAAUUUGGCUUGGACAACUUCAUGAUAAAUUAUUUGUACAAAGCUUAGUUGAUAGUAUUGAUGAUAUGAAAUUAGGUACACAAAAAAGACUUGAGGGUGUACUUAAUGUUGUUCUUGAAGAAUUAGAUACACCACUUUAUUAUGCACUUGAUCGUGUUAUGUCAAUUGUCAGGUGUGAUACACCAGCUAUGGUUAAAUUUAGAUCUGCUUUAUUAAAUGCUGGCUAUCAAGUGUCAUAUUCACAUGCUAAUAAAAUUUCCAUUAAAACUGAUGCACCAAAUGAUAUUAUUUGGGAUAUUGUACGAGCUUGGGAAAAGUUACAUCCAGCUAAAAGAGAUCGUCUUGAAAAAACAAGUGCUGCAUUGGGUAUAUUAGAAACUGAAUCAACAAAAGAAAUAUCAUUUGAUUUACAUCCAUUGGCUAAUCCAGAAUCACGUAAAAUGCAUUUAUCAAGAUUUCAACUAAAUCCAACAGCUAAUUGGGGACCUGGUGCACGAUCAACAACAAUGAUUGAUUCCAAUACAGUUUUAUCAAAAACUAAAAAAAAUCAAAAUAAAAAUUUCAAUAAAAGAGAGAGAAAUAAUAGUAAUGAAAAACAAGAAAUUGAAAAUAUAUCAACAGAUGAUUUUCAACCAUCUAAAAAAGAAAAAAUUGACAAUAUAAUUUGAGAACAUUAAAUUUUCUUUUUUUUAUAUUUCAGAUGAAAUUUAUAUUUAAAACAAAAUAUCUAAUAAAAAAUAGAAAUUUAAAUUCUAAAAAAAA